AUGCGCGUGUGCCUGGGGCUCGGCGUGAGCGCGCAAGACGCCCCCACCCCCACCGCGCGAGCCCCACACACUCGGAGGAGGCGCGGCCAACGGCUGCAGCGGGCCUGGGCUGCGGCGGCGAUGGCGACGGGGCCGGGCGCCGCGGGACCUGACGACUCGGUCCCGGACACGGCCCCUGGCGGGGCGGGCGGGGAGGCGCCCGCCGCGUCCCCGGUGCGCACGGUGGUGGCCUCGCUGCGCCCUGAGAAGGCGCCCGCGGGGCGCGGCGGACGGCGGCUCCGGCUGCAGCAGGCGUUGGCGGCCGAGGCCGAGGGCGAGGCGGGGCCGCUGGAGGACGCGGGGCGGGGCCGAGAGGCGGGGCCGGGGGCGCGGCCCCUGCCGGCCGUGUGCGCGACCCCGCUGCGGAGCAUGUGGCGCGCGGAGAAGGCGGCGCUGUACUGCGACGAGGUGCUGCGGGGCGCCAAGGCAGAAGAUGCUGAUGAGGCCAUGAGUAAAUACCUGUUAGAAAAAUUAAAAUUGAGAGACAGAUGGCUUGGAGUUUGGAAGACUAAUCCUGAACUAUUCUUUGUGGAAUAUGAAGAAGCUUCUAUCCCUUUUGUUGGUAUACUGAUCGAGGUAACUUGUAAACCAUACCAGAAUUCAUCGUCUUGUUUUGAAGUUACCGUUUCUGUUGCUGAGCCUUUUUCUUCUAACAUUGCAAACAUUCCAAGGGAUUUGGUUGAUGGGGUUUUGGAGGAACUGGAGCACGGUGUACCUCUCUUGGAAGUGUAUCCCAUUGAAGGACAAGAUGCAGAGAUAUGGGAAAUUGCUCUGGCCUUGGAGGUUGUAAGGUUUUUUUAUGAUUUUCUUUGGAGAGAUUGGGAUGACGAAGAAAAUUGUGAGAAUUACUCUGCGCUUAUUGAAGAAAGAAUUAAUCUGUGGUGUGACAUACAGGAUGGAACCAUACCUGCUCCGAUUGCACAGCGCUUUAAGAAGACUUUGGAGAAAUAUAAGAAGAAGCGUGUUGAGCUCAUUGAGUAUCAGAACAAUAUUAAAGAAGAUCCAUCUGCAGCAGAGGCUGUCGAAUGCUGGAAAAAAUACUAUGAAAUAGUAAUGCUUUGUGGAUUAUUGAAAAUGUGGGAGGAUUUACGCCUUCGAGUUCAUGGGCCUUUUUUCCCAAGAAUUCUGCGACGUAGGAAAGGAAAAAGAGACUUUGAGAAGACAGUAACACAUAUUGUAGCAAAAUUGAUGACUACUGAAAUGCCCCUGAUUACCACCAGUCUGCUAUAUCUGUGGAUUCAACUAUUCUGGGUAAAGGAUUUGUCUUCAGACACACUUCUCCAGCAGCAUGAUGAUUUGGAUUUGGCUUUGGAUAGUUGUUACAGUGGAGAUACAAUAGUUAUUUUUCCAGGAGAAUAUCAAUCUGCAAAUAUUGCCUUACUGACUGAUGACAUCAUUAUAAAGGGAGUUGGAAGGAGAGAGGAAAUUAUGAUUACUUCCAAACCUUCUCAUGACAGUUUUGUGGUGUCCAAAGCUGACAGUGUGAAACUAAUGAAUCUGUCUUUGAUACAACAAGGAACAGUUGAUGGUAUUGUGGUGGUAGAGUCUGGUCACAUGACUCUAGAAAACUGUGUGUUAAGAUGUGAAGGAACAGGAGUGUGUGUCCUUACAGGGGCUACUUUGACAAUUACAGACAGUGAGAUAACUGGUGCCCAGGGUGCUGGUGUAGAAUUGUAUCCUGGGAGUAUAGCCAUUUUAGAAAGGAAUGAAAUUCAUCACUGUAAUAACUUUAGAACCAGUGACAAUUCAAAAAGCACCUUGGGUGGAGUUAAUAUCAAGGCUCUUCCAGCGCCCAAAUUGAAGAUGACUAAUAAUCAUAUUUACAACAACAGUGGCUAUGGAGUAAGCAUUCUUCAACCAACUGAACAGUUUUUUAUUGUAGCAGAAGAAGUUCUCAAUGAAGGGGCUGCUUCAGGAGAUAAAGUAGAUGACAAAAUGAUCUGCAAAAUAAUGCAAAACCUGGAUCUGGAAAUGAAUAAUAAUAAAAUAGAAGCAAAUUUAAAAGGGGAUAUCAGAAUAGGCACUAAUUAAAGCAUCUGAAUAAAUGUUAAAGUUUUAUACUUCAGAAA